AUGCUGACACCUUUUAUGGGGGAUAAAUGCCACAACGAAUCCAGAGGAGAGAUUGGCCAGAGAUAUAUUCGGAUGAAAACAGUGAUAAAGAUUCAUUCGAAGGGAUGGAGACCACCGCCGUCCGCAGCCUACCCUGUCUCUGCCCUACAAGAUCUCCAAGCCUUGGACAGCGGAUUUACCAUGCAGGUGGAAAUCGAUUUUGAGAUAAGUAACACUUCAAUUGUGACGGCUAGCCACACCCAAAGGGCCCGUUUUUUACAAACCUAUCAAUGCCUCGAGAUCUUGAAAGAGGAAUGGCUUGGAAUGGCAAUUCCGUUUGCCUUUGGUGGGGCUGAGUCCGAGUGCAGCUCCGGUAUGAAUAGCUCGCUAGAUAUACUGUAG